UAACCUUGCGGAAAAGACUACUAUCCAGAAAGCCAGGCAAGACUUAACGAGACUAGACUAAUUAAUGUCGUGGACAAGCAUCUCAAUUAGCAGAUCUCAUCAAGCUGCACCAUCCAUUAUAUAACUGCUCGAAAGUUGUACUGCCAUCUGACCGGUGCAUACAAAUGGAAGCGAAAGUUGCAGUAAAAGGAUUGGUGGAAGCUGAUGAAAAGCCACCGCACACAUGUGAUAAUGAUAUUACAGAUGCAGCAUCACACGAGAAUCAUACUUUGGGAUCCACUCUUCUCCGUUUGAGUCUGAAUAACCCGGAAGCACGGUCUCACAAAAUUGAAGAGCAUCCCGCAGCCCAACUGGGCCUGCUGCGGAACAAGAUAGAGGAAAUGAAGAAAGAGAAUCAGAAUCUAAAAGCUAUGCUGUGUCAGAUCACUCAACAUUACGCUGCUCUUCAGAAUCGCCUGGUUUUGACGAUGCAUCAGCAGCAGCAAGAACAAUCGCCUCUGAAGGCUCAUAAUUUGCAGAAAGAAGAUAAAGGAGAUGACGAGGAGAAAGCAGCGUUGCCCAUCCAGCAGUUCUUGGAUAUCCUUGAGCCUUCGCCUUCAGAAAGCAACAAAUCAGAAGGAUUUGUUUCUCCCCGGAACAGCAUCAUGUGCAGCAAACCUGCAAGUGAAGCCAACAACAAUAAUGCGAAAAACAUAGAGGAUGAUCAAGCAUCUGAUCAGGCAAAUUCUUGCAGAAAAGUUAGAGUGUCCAUAAGGACACGUUCGGAUAUUUCUUUGAUUGGUGAUGGGUGUCAAUGGAGAAAGUAUGGACAAAAGAUAGCCAAGGGAAACCCGUGUCCUCGGGCUUACUAUCGUUGCAACAUGGGAACCGGGUGUCCAGUUCGUAAGCAGGUGCAAAGGUGUGCUAAGGAUAAGAGCAUUGUGAUUACAACCUAUGAAGGGAAGCAUAAUCAUGCACUAGCUGCAUCAGCCGCACCCAUGGCAGCGGCAACAUCAGCAGCAUUGAACAUGUUCCUCUCUAGCUCAACCAUCAGUGCACAUGGCAGCACGCAAUCAAACUCCGGUCUCUUCUCUUCUGUACUCUCUUCUUCUGCCUUGCCUGCCUUUGCUUCCUUGUCCACAACAUCAUCAUGUCCUACCAUAACCCUGGACUUAACCCACCCCUCCUCCAAUCAAUAUUUGCAAUUCCAAAUGUCUGCCUCAUCAAGCCACUCCCAUCACCCAUUUCCUUUUGCGUUGGAUGGUUAUGACACCCCACAAUCUCAGUGCUCAUCCUUGUCAAACGUGUCCUUGGUAGAUGUCGUCAGUGCGGCUUUGGUUAAAGAUCCUUCAUUCAAGGCGGCUUUAGCUGCGUCCAUUUCUUCAUUUGCCGGAGCCACUUCCUUACAGCGUUGAUAAGCACAGCAGCGACCAACGUAUCAAGAGUGAGCAUGAUUCCUCUUGUAUGAUACCAAAUAAAUUAAAAGGAAUGUGCGCCUUGCCUGCUUGCUGGAGGGAUUAACGUGUUUGCAUAAAAGAAUGCUCUUAAAGGUCAGUUUUAGUGGAGAUACAUGCCUCUUCCAUUCGAGGAAAAAAUCGAUCUUAACAAAGGUUCAUUUUUGUUGUCUGUAAUAGAGUUUACAAGAAAAGUUUAGGUUUUAGGACCACGCCAUACACGGCCUCAAUGUCACAUGAAAUACGUUGUGAAUGAAUAUUGAAGGCAAUCAGCAGGAACGGCUUUAUAAAGUUA